AUGGACUUACUAUCAGACGAACACCAAGAAGCAGCCCACAGCGCCAGUUCUUCCAUCGUCCGUCAGCAAAGUGCAUCCACGUCCACGAACCAACAAACAGAGUCCAGGAACCUGCGUUCCAGCACCCGAGCAAAGCCAGCGAACCGCAAGAUCAAGGGUAAACAGCCUGAAGAUCAGGUCCAGACGCCCUUGGUGACGCCUCAAGUCCCCGAAUCAUCCUCGCGUUCUACUCGUUCAUCCCAACGCACCAAACGUUCGGCAGACACAGCCUUAGCUAAAGGUAAAGGGAAAGAAGUCGAACAAUCCCGUGCCAGCAAGCGCAGUCGCAAACCGACUAACCCUCCCGCCGCUCCACUUACAAUCAGCGAACCCCCGAAAGACCUCAAAGGAAAAAAGCGUGCAGUUCCCGAACCAUCCUCUGAAGACGAAGACACUGCGGGUCCAUCUAAGCGUCCCAGAACCGGUUACUCCCUUCGUUCCAAAUCAUCUACUACGAAUUUGUCAGUAAUGCCGAGAAAGCCUCGCCCCACUGUUACCAAAGGCAAAGCUGCCAUGAAAACUAAAGCUAUGGCAAUGGCAGGAUCGUCUCGAAUAGCCGAUGAUGAAGAUGAUGUUGAGAUGCUUGACCCCGAAUAUAGACAAGAAAGCGAUCCCGUCGUUGAAGGGGAUGCUGAGAAAGGGCACGACAAGGAUGAUCACGAUGGUGGGGAUCAUGGGCACGAGCUAGAUGAUGAUGAUGACGAGGACGAUAGAGACGACGGAGAUGGCAUUGUCCCCACGAACGAGGAUGGUUCUUCCUCUCGCCCUCCCGAUGAAGCGUCGGCCUUGAGUGUCUUCGGCGACUUCCGUCAGUUUGGAUCGUAUAUGAUGUCCCUUUCCUCUCGCCUCAAGACGAUGCUCACCAAUAUCAAGCCUACCGCCGACCCUACCACUCGUAUGAUUACUCUACAGGAGCUCAGUGAACUUCUUAGCAUCAGCACGGAAGAUACGUUAGCUGGCUCGUUUCCGGUGGAGCAGUUUGUUAGGGAAUUAGUUCGCAUCCUUGGUGGACAAGGUGCAGAAGAAGACGAAGACCAUGAUGGAGACGAAGAACCCCAAGAUGAGGACGCUGCUCUUGCAGCAGCAUUGGCCAUGAGUGCAGGUGGCGCCUAUCAAGGGGACGAGAAUCUAGAAGCGCAAGUACUUGCUUGUCGUUGUCUCGCUAAUCUCAUGGAAGCACUGCCUGGGGUCGCCCACACCGUUGUGUACCACGGUGCGAUCCCGGUGCUUUGCAGUAAACUCAUCGAAAUAUCUUACAUUGACCUUGCUGAACAAACACUGAGCACAUUGGAGAAAAUCUCGGAGGAAUUCCCAAGUUCUAUCGUGCGGGAGGGUGGCUUAGCUGCCCUUCUUAACUACUUGGACUUCUUUUCCAUCGCAGUUCAACGCACCGCACUCCAGGCCGCUUGCAAUUGCUGCCGUAACAUCUCUUCUGACCACUUUACUCAGAUUCACGGAGUCUGGCCUAUCAUCCGGAACUGCCUGUCCUACUCAGAUCAGCGACUCGUGGAAUUCGCAUGUCUUUGCGUUAUCCGGGUCAUUGACUCUUACCAUAGGUCUUCUAUAGAACACCUAGAAACUCUUGUCGAUAAGGAUCUCAUCCAGGCCGUCAACUCGUUACUCCUACCAGCGGGCGGCUCGCCACUAAUCGCCGCGAAUACCUUUACUCUGUUACUUCGCGCGUUGGCUACAUCCGCUAGGGCAAGCCCGAAGAUUGCGCUGACGUUAUUGGAAGCGGAUAUCGUGGACACACUGUACCAAAUCCUCACGGGUGUCCUACCAUCAGCGGGGCAGCGGGGCAGCGAACAGGGGGAUUCAGCAGGUGGCCAGGGAUUGGGCGGAGGACUAGCUGACAUGACUGUGAUGGAGAAUCUUGCACACCGUCCGAAAGAACAGAUAGAGGAAGCGCUGAGUCUGGUGUCAGAGCUCAUGCCCCCAAUACCUAAAGAUGGAGUAUUCGAUCAUAAGUCUUACACGGAGAAGUCGUUGGCAAGGAUGAUGAAGGCCAAAGUCAAGGCCGACAGGGCGGCGGCGAAGCAGGUCCUUCAGGCUCCUUUGGUUGCUGCCGGCCUGAUUGUUGCUGCCCCUUCACCCGCCCCUUCGCCUGCUGAGGCCCAGGAAGGAACUCCGGCACCCUCUGCACCCUCGGAGUCACAGCCACCAGAAGGAGACGACGCUUCUGCUUCUGCCACACCGCCGAAAGAGCCUGCACCUGAUCGCACCGAACUUCUUCGUUCAAAACCUGAAGUUACUGACCGAUUCAUGCAGUUGAUGGUCCCCAUCCUCGUAGAUGUUUAUGCAGCAAGCGUUAUAACCCCAGUCCGGGUCAAAACGCUAACAGGUCUCCUCAAAGCCGUCAGCUUCCUGGAUGCUGAAGGGCUCAACAAAGUUCUUGCGUGUGUACCUGUGGCCAGUUUUGCUUCGUCCAUCCUGUCGUCCAAAGAUCACCCAUCGCUAGUUAUUGGCGCGCUUCAGCUAGUAGAGUUGUUCUUGAUCAAGGUUCCCGAAUCCUACAAGCCUACCUUCCGUCGGGAAGGUGUUCUCCACGAGAUUGAAACGCUGGUGCAGCGUACGCUAACCACGUCCAAGUCAAAAGAAAGAGAAAAGGACAAGGACAAGGAAUCUUCUGAAUCUUCGACUCCAGACCCACCUCCCGCUCCGGUGCAAUCAUCGUCCGCUCAUACGAUUCCCGGCUUCAAGAAACUCUCUUCACUUGCGCUAGAUCCCGACGAUGCGAUCACAUUACGUGCAAGAGUCAUUCGCUUUAAAUACCUCGCUGGUGACGAGCAGCGGGACGGCGACAAGCACUUCGAGGCCCUGCGCCGCAUUGUCGAACGUAUGUCAGUACGGGAUGCCACAGAGAAGGACUUGCAGAAGGCUUUGAGAGAAUUGGCGGACCUGUUUACGUCGAGUCCUACGUCGGUGUCUAGCUUCGAGCUUCUCCAGACUGGCGUUGUCGAUGGGUUACUACAAUUCACCACGGAUGAAGACAGAACGACCACGACCAAACGACGAAGGGAAAUCUUCCUUGACGCCUUCACUGGUCGGAAGUCUAAGGCUCAUAACAACGUGCAAACGCCGUUCACAGUUAUCGUAAAAAAGCUGCAAGAAAGUUUGACUCGAAUGGAGUCCUUCGAUGUCAUCACCGUCUCGCAAGGCGUGGAUGAUUCAAAGCGUAGUUCGCCUUCGCUGCUAGCACGUCAGUUACGACUGCGUUUGGUCGCCAGCGAAGAGUCGGAUUCGCCUAGGAACAUCCACAAUAUCGUCGUGUCAAUUCAUGCCAUAGCGACUUUCCAAGCACUUCAUGACUACCUUCGUCCUCGUAUCACGAGCUUGUUGAGCAACACCAGCCGCUUGUCUGGGAUGCUUGCAGCGUUGCAAGCGCACGGGCUUGCUGGUGCGGCCGACCUAGCGGCAUCGGCACCAUCUUCAUCAACCCCAGCUGAUGAGCCUCAGCCGUCGAGUUCGGUAGGUCGACGGAGAAGUCAGAGACUCAGUGCGAAGAAGGCAGGAGCGUCCGGACAGGCAUCAGCCGACGCUGAAGGGUCGACCUCUGCUGAUGCGCCUUCACAAGAGGCCACUGCAUCGGAGGCUAAUCAGGGCAAUGAUGCCACAGGUUCCAUCAAUGCCCAGCAAGCCGAACCCUUGCCCGGAGACAUGUUGGACAGUGAUUUCCAAGCCGACUUCUCCGAGGAUGAUGUAGAUGCAGAACUGUUCGACGAGGAGGGAGACAACAAUGGUGCAGAGAAGACGGUCAACCUAUCAAUUGCUGAAGAUGGAUCCAAAGUUGUCGCUCAGACCCCGGAGGGCACUCGUGUCGCGACGCCUAGCAUCAAGGAGGCAACUCCAUCCUCGUUAAGUCGAGGUGGCUCUUCUAAGGCAUCGUACGCUGCAGCUCUGAAGGCUAAGCCGACCGACUGGCAUCUUGAAUUUUCAAUGGAUGAUCAACCCCUUCCUCUGGAUCUAACGAUCUACGGAGCUAUCCACCAGCAUGAAAUGCGCAAGAAAACGGGCGCUCUUCCUCCUAGUCUCAUCUGGCAAGGAAUCUACACAGUGAAGUUCAAGAAAGUCACUGGCCCUGCCCCUUCUACCGAGUCUCGCGCGGAGGAAAUUGCCAACAAAUCCCGAUCGGUGAACCCAAUACUGACAUCCAUGCCCGAGGAUGCACCACAUUCCAAGAUACUGCGUCUUCUUCGUGUUUUACAUCAAAUCAACACUCUCGAAGUUGAGCGGUCGAUCCCAGUAAACGAUCAGCGCACACUAUCCGAAGCGGCUUUCAUAAACAACAAGCUAACGGCUAAACUUACUCGCCAGCUUGAGGAACCUAUGAUUGUCGCUAGUUCAUGUCUGCCAGACUGGGCAUUGGACCUGCCCCAGCACUUCCCUUUCCUGUUCCCAUUUGCCACUCGUUACAACUUCCUACAGUCGACUUCUUUCGGUUAUGCACGCCUGAUUUUGAAAUGGCAGAGUCAGCAAACCAGGAAUCAAGAUUCAUCGCGGCGAGACGAAGGCAUCGGUUUCUUGGGACGCUUGCAGCGACAGAAAGUCCGCAUUUCUAGAAAACAUAUCCUAGAAUCAGCGGUGAAGGUGUUUGAGUUGUACGGUUCCUCCUCCUCGAUCCUGGAAGUCGAGUACUUUGAAGAAGCUGGGACUGGUUUGGGGCCUACACUGGAGUUCUACUCGCUAGUUUCCAGAGAAUUUGCUCGCAAGGACCUCAAGAUCUGGAGGGAUUCGGACACCUCGGGGACGGGGGUGUAUGUGCAACACCCAACAGGGCUUUAUCCUGCGCCUCUGAGCGCAGAAGAUAUAGCAAGUGACGGCGGACAUAAACGAACGCAUAUCCUCCGGGUGAUUGGCCAAUUCGUAGCGAAAGCCAUGCUGGAUUCUCGGAUCAUCGAUCUUCAUUUCAACAAAGUCUUCUUGAAACUCGUGCUCGGAGAAGAAGUUCCUUUGACGAUUCAGACCUUGAAGCUCGUAGAUAGCGGUCUCGCCAGUUCGUUGGCGAAGCUACAGAACAUGGUGGGCAAGCGCCAAGGAUCAACUGACAAGUUAUCUCGCAAACUUGCACUCUUGGACUCCGUCAACAUCGAGGACUUGGCUUUGGACUUCACCGUUCCCGGUUACGAUAUCGAGCUUAUGCCUGGCGGUCGAGAGAAGGCAGUAACUUCGGACAACGUGGAGGAAUACAUACAAGCCGUGUUGGAGACGAUCAUCGGCAAGGGGGCACAGGUCCAAGUCAAAGCCUUCCGCGAAGGUUUCUCGAAAGUAUUCCCCAUAACGGACCUACAAACGUUCUCUGCGGACGAACUUGUGAUGCUUUUCGGAAAUUCGGACGAAGAUUGGAGCAUCGAAACACUACAAGAAGCACUCAAAGCAGAUCAUGGAUUCAACUCCGAGAGUCGUUCCAUUCACGACCUCAUCGCGGUCAUGUCUGAGUUUGACGCUCCGACGCGACGCGAUUAUCUGCAGUUUAUAACCGGAAGUCCCAAGCUCCCUAUUGGUGGCUUCCGUGGGCUGAACCCGCCUCUGACCGUUGUGCGCAAACCGCAUGAAGCGCCUUUCACCGCAGACGAUUACUUACCGAGUGUGAUGACCUGCGUCAAUUAUUUGAAGCUCCCGGAAUACAGCUCGAAAGCUGUCCUUCGAGAGAAAGUGCGAAUAGCGAUGAAGGAGGGGGUUGGCAGUUUCCAUCUGUCGUAA